AUGACGUCACUUCAUCGAAACUCGUUGCCUAUACCUGAUGACCUCGCUGUGGAGAUAUUCUCGAGGCUGCCGUCAAAGGCGAUAGCCAGAUGUCGUUGCGCAUGCAAGCUCUGGUCCUCCAUGCUUCUACGUGAAGAUUUCACAGACUUGUUCUUGACCAGAUCUUCUGCUCGCCCUCAGCUUCUCUUCGCAUGCCAAGAUCACAAUCGUAACUAUAUCUUCUUCUCGUCAUCACCUCAUCCGGAAGAAGAAGAGAACUCGUCUUCGCCAAUCAUCUUGCACGUUUCCCUAGUUCCUCCUACAAGUUAUUUGGUUGUACGAAUGGCUUGUGUUAUGGAGCUAGGCCGAGAUUUGCCACUGGUGGACAACUAUCUUGGAUAUGACCCCGUUUCUAAAAAGUUCAAGGUAUUGUCAAUGGAACGCUCAAAGAUCUCUGCAAAGCACCAAGUUCUGACAUUAGGAACCAAGAAAUUGUCGUGGAGGUUGGUCCAGUGUACCACAGCACAUUAUUCUUCAAAUAAAUGGAUAUCCAUCAGCGGUGUUAUUUACUAUGCAGCUUCAGCCAACAGAUCUUCCGCGAAUUCCAUGGUAGCUUGUUUUGAUUUGAGGGUUGAGAAGUUCAGUUUUGUGAAUUUCGGUAGAGCAAUGCAUGAUUCAACAACUCUGGUUAAUUACAAUGGGAAACUGGGUUUGCUUAUGUCUGGAGAUGCUCCUGGUGAGAAUAUUAGUACAACGAGUAAAAGUUUUCAGCUGUGGGUUUUACAAGAUGCUGAAUGGCCCAAGCAUGUAUACAUAUUACCUCCUUCGUGGAAGGAUGUAGUUACAAAAACCAUGUGCUUUGCUGGAAUAAUAGUUGGUACAAACGAAAUCGUCUUAGCACCUUUGCUCUAA